AUGCAGCAGUUGCAUCAGUACGGCGUGUCCUUCCAUCGUCCCCGGGGGCGAAGGAAGCGUCACGAAAUGACUAACCCCCCAAGCUGGGUUAGUGCGACACCGAUGAUGAUGAUGACGAUGGUGAUGAUCGUUGGUGGGUUGAUCGUGCACGCAGCUGCCGACCCACGGACGGAUGGUCUCGUUGACAUGAUCGAACAGUUCGGUAUGCCGAGUUUACCGUCCGGCGUAUCACCCACCACCGGCAUGUGCAACGGCAGUCGAAACCAGUAUCAGUUGCAUCCGGAACCAGCGUACAACCUCAACCAAGACACGGUGCUCAGCAUACCAACGAUAACGACUUUUCCGGCAGGGUUUCCAAUAGAUUUUUCCUUACUGGUAACGCUCCGCGCUAGUCCAAACCUUGAACGGGCCCCACUGUUUGCCGUCUAUUCGAGUGACUCGGACGAGAUACUGAUGCUGAUGGUGGGCCGUGACGUUGCGCUGUACUACUAUGACGGCAACCCGGAAGAUGACGAGCAGGAUCAGUAUCAAAACAUGGUCAGCUUCGGUGUGAGCAUUGACGAUGGGCAUUGGCACCGGUUGGGUUUGAGUGUUAAAGGGAACUCGGUAACGCUGAUCCUGGACUGUGGUACGCAGAUCACGCGUCCACUGAACAGACGGCCCGGUGUACAGCUCGUUACGGAUGGACUUAUACUGACGGGGUUGCAGCUAAACGAGGAAAACGGAUUCUUUACGGGUGAUCUUCAACUUUUCAUGAUUGCAAACACACCGGACGAGGCGUACAACAUCUGCACCAGGUACGCUCCCGAUUGCCCCGGCGGAGCAUCCUCCAGCGGUUCAGGAUCCUCUUCCUCUGUAACGCGCACCGUCACGAUACAGAGUACGCGCACGGUGUCCAACGGUACAGCGGGGGGGUCGGUUACUCGCUCGCAAAGCAGUAGCAGCACUAGCUCCAGUUCCAGUGGACGAGCGUCCUCUCAAGCGGCCGGUGCUAGUAUUCGCGAUCAGGUGUUGCGAGAGUCGGUAUCUGUUGCCGGCGGAAGCAACUCGGGAAGUUCCCGUGGGAAACAGACAGCAUCGGCUGGCUCGUCCGGUAGUGGCAGAGACUUUGUUGAUCUGUACGGUGAUGGUGAAGGUUUGGAGGCGAUUGGAGAUGACGAUGAUUAUUACAACAAUUUAGAGUUCGGCGGAGACUUAAGUCGAGUCGCUACAGCGGAGACACACCCGGAGAGGAGUUCGAGGAACCGAACGGAAGUAACUCCGGGAGCUUACGAUCAGUUGCGUCCUGGUGUUUUGCCUUUGCCAGACCCGGAAUACGAUGCAUCGGCGGGUGGGGAGCCAAGACCGACGGGUACAGGAGGUCCAACAACAAGGCCACGUGUGAGUGCUGUGAACCGCACAAGGACGGAAUCUGGUGGUUUCGGUCCAGAAUUUGAAGAAGAGGAGGAUCGUUCUAUUGGAUUCCCUGCCCAAUCCACCGUAACCAUCGUUGGAGGUGUUAAGACCAUACGGGGACCUCGUGGACCUCCGGGAGAUCCAGGCCCGAAAGGAGAACCAGGUCGGGACGGAUUGGGCGGACAGUCGGGACCUCCUGGACCAGCAGGGCAUGUGUUCAUGAUGCCACUCACCUCGGCCGGUAACGAAAAAGGACCCGACUCACAGGCGGAAGCAUUGCGACAGAUGCUUUCCCAACACAUGACAGCGAUGCGUGGUGCGGACGGUCCGAUGGGACUGACAGGAGUUCCCGGUGCUGUCGGACCACCCGGGCCUGAGGGAGCCAAAGGUGAACCGGGAGAUGUUGGCGAACCUGGACCGAUCGGACCUCGGGGUGGUGUCGGUGCAAAAGGACGCGAGGGACGCCGUGGACGAUCGGGAAGAGAUGGAGAGCGAGGAGCAACCGGUCUGCAAGGUGGCAAAGGAGAACAAGGCCCCAUUGGAUUGCCCGGUUUCCCAGGAGAGAAAGGCGAACGUGGCCGGCAGGGAUCCGUCGGUGAGAAAGGUACCCAAGGGCAUGAUGGCGCACAAGGUGAAGACGGUCCUCCGGGACUGCCGGGUUUACCGGGUGAACUUGGGCCGCGUGGUUUCUCCGGGCCGCGUGGCUUUCCUGGUCCGUCGGGUAAUCCAGGCCUUCCCGGUUCGGAGGGUAUCUCCGGCUCGAAAGGAAAUCCAGGACCACAAGGACAACCAGGCGCACCGGGUCAAACAGGAUCGCCCGGUCCGGUAGGACCACCCGGUCCACAGGGAAACCUUGGACCACCGGGAAUUCCCGGUCCGCACGGCAAGCCGGGUCUUCCGGGACUUCCUGGAGCCGAUGGACCACCGGGUCGGGACGGAAAUCCAGGCAUCGGUGGACCCAAAGGUGAUGUUGGUCCACAGGGCGUUCAAGGCCCGAUAGGCUUCCCCGGUAACCGAGGACCGAAAGGUGAUGACGGUGAACGUGGUUCUGCUGGCGAUAAGGGUGAAAAGGGCGAACUAGGACACGAUGGUGAUAAAGGUGAUAUGGGAUCCCCGGGCGAACGUGGACACCCAGGUGUAACUGGAGCACCCGGUUCGGAGGGACCCGAAGGACCGAAAGGUUUCGAAGGUCCACGAGGAGAAACGGGCAUGAUGGGACUGACUGGUGAUAAGGGAAAGCAAGGCGUGCAGGGUUUUCCAGGCUAUCCAGGACCACCAGGUGAUAAGGGAGACAAAGGAUCCUUUGGAAUGGCCGGUCUGCCAGGCGAGAAGGGUGAACGUGGAAAUACUGGACUUCAAGGAGAGCGUGGGGAAGUUGGUCCAAGGGGAUUCCGAGGUCCGCGUGGUAGACGAGGAGCAGAUGGGACCACCGGUCCAAAGGGUGAUACCGGACAGCCAGGAUCUCCCGGAGCGCAGGGUGAAAUUGGUAUGCAGGGUCCAGAAGGACCACGCGGCUUCAUUGGACUUCCAGGACCACCGGGAAACAAUGGCAAAGAUGGACCUCUGGGAGCUUCAGGCGAACGUGGACCUCCGGGUGAAAAUGGGAAUCCGGGUCCUAUUGGGGCUCCGGGAGUUGUUGGCCCGCAAGGACCAACAGGAGAACCGGGACCAGUCGGAGAACCAGGCAUUCCGGGACUCCCGGGUUUGCCAGGAGAACCUGGCGUACCGGGAGAUACUGGCAAAGAAGGUCAGAACGGUCCUCCUGGACCACCCGGUAAGAAUGGACCGCAAGGUGGACAAGGCCUGCCAGGAUUUCCGGGUGAACGUGGUAUGAUGGGAAUGCCCGGAUUGCCCGGUCUGAAGGGAGAGCUCGGGUUGCCCGGUCUGCCGGGACCGAUCGGUGACAAGGGUCAACCGGGAGAAUCUGGCAAGGAAGGACCACCAGGCGCGGAAGGACGUCCUGGACCACCCGGGCCAACAGGUCCAUCAGGGGCAAAGGGUGAACGCGGCGAGCAGGGUUUAGUCGGACCAGUUGGACGAGACGGUUUGCCCGGACAACGGGGUCUAGCUGGACCACCUGGUCCGGUAGGAUCGCCAGGAGAGGACGGUGACAAGGGAGACAUGGGACCGCCGGGAGAGAAAGGUUUCAAGGGUGCUCAAGGUGAAUCGGGACCUGUCGGAUCACCUGGAUCGCAAGGAAGUCGUGGAGAACCGGGCGCUAUUGGACCAUCGGGUGAGAAGGGACCUCCGGGAGAGAUUGGACGUACGGGACCGAAAGGUGAAGAUGGACCAACCGGUUUACCCGGCUCACCUGGGCCGGCGGGACCUCAAGGAAUGCCAGGACCACCGGGCAUGAAAGGAGGCCGAGGUGAUGAUGGGCCGCCAGGAUCUAUUGGACCCGCUGGACCACCGGGAGAAGCGGGUAGACGUGGACCACGCGGCGCCGAAGGUGGUCCCGGCGCACCAGGAUCGCCCGGUCCGCAAGGCAUUGCGGGUGAACCUGGCACGCAAGGACCUCCCGGUCCGGUUGGACCCGAGGGCAAGGAGGGCGAAAAAGGUUCCAUUGGACCCAAGGGCGAAGAAGGAAAAUCGGGACCACCAGGACCACCGGGUAAACGCGGACAACCGGGCAUUGAAGGUCCCAAGGGUGUUGCUGGUCCACCCGGAUUCCCUGGAAAUCCUGGCGAACCGGGACUGGUGGGACCGAAGGGAGACGUAGGCAAGGAUGGAGACGAUGGUAAGCAGGGUGAAUCUGGCUUGCCGGGUGAACCGGGACCACCGGGACCUGCGGGUGAGAUCGGACCACCGGGAAAAAUUGGACCCGAAGGACCAGCAGGGCUGCAAGGUACAACGGGACUGGCCGGGGAAAAAGGAGACCGUGGAUUACCAGGACCUCCGGGAAAUCAAGGACUCACUGGACCACAAGGAAUGCCCGGAACUCAGGGACCAACGGGCUUAAGGGGAUCUCCAGGUCCAUCGGGUGAAAUCGGUCCCGUAGGAAAACCGGGUGAUAGUGGCGCACCUGGCAAAGCGGGAGAAGUAGGCGCCAAGGGACCGAAGGGAGAUCGUGGCCGGCGAGGCUUAAAAGGACAUCGGGGUGAGCUGGGACUGGUCGGUUUAAAGGGUGACUCCGGUGAGAAAGGUGACAAAGGCGUUCGUGGAGUGCAAGGCCCCGAAGGUACCAAGGGAGAUCCUGGUCCGGUGGGACCAUUGGGGCUCAAGGGUAACGAUGGACCGCAGGGACCGCCUGGACACGAGGGACCGUUGGGACCGAAAGGAACGGAAGGAGUGGCAGGCCUGCGGGGAGAACCUGGACCACCAGGACCGCCAGGACCACCUGGUCCUCCAGCUGAUGCGCCACUCAUUCCACCGGAACUAUUGUUCCGUAUGAAUGAGUUCACCUUGACGAAGGGUGAGGAUCGGCAGAAGCGUGACGCUGGUGCGGUUUCGGAAUUGGAUGAUGAAUUGUUCGAGGUGGACGACUUUGACGAGGAGAUCCUUAAAGUGGAACCACGCAAAAAGAGCAAAAAGAAGAAAUCAAAGUCAAAACCAUCGGAUCUGGGUCCGAAGUUCCUGGAUAUGUAUAGUUCGAUCUACUCGAUGCGACAGGAACUCGAUCGGAUACGUAAACCGGUGGGAACGCGGGAAAACCCAGCCCGAACGUGUCGUGAUCUGCACCAUGGCCAUCCACAGUUUAAAGAUGGCUGGUACUGGAUCGAUCCAAACCUUGGCAUGGGAGAUGAUGCGGUUUACGUGUUCUGCAACAUGACGGCAGCUGGCGAAACGUGCGUUUUCCCGGACAUUCACAGUUCUCAGAUGCCGACAAUACCGUGGCGCAAAGAGAACGACAAAACCGAUUGGUAUUCGAAUCUGCGCGGUGGUUUUAGGAUAUCUUACGAAACAGUCGGCACGGUUCAGAUGACUUUCCUGCGGCUUCUGUCGCAAGAAGCGUAUCAGAACUUCACGUACGCCUGCAUGAACAGUGUCGCCUGGUACAGCACGAAGGACGAAAGUUACGACAAUGCGAUACGGUUCCUGGGUGAGAAUGAGAUCGACAUCGGGUACGAGAACUCCAAGAUCAAACCGACCGUGCUGGUGGACGGUUGUAUGACAGGGCGUAGCAAGAGCGAGACGGUGUUUGAAGUGCGAACACCCAAGCUUCAAUACCUCCCAAUCAUCGACUUCUAUCCAAUCGACUACGGACUGCCACAGCAAGCGUUCGGAUUCCAGGUGGGACCGGUAUGCUUCAAAUAA